GCUGAUAUCUUGUUGGUAAUCUCAAUCACAGAGGGACGAAAAUCAUUCAGAGUUUCCAACCCAUUUAAAUUCUCCUCCAAUCCUGAAACUUAUCGGCAUUUCAUUUUUUAUCAGAAUUACUAUUUACGAAUUCAGAAUAUUUUCAUCUAAGGAAAAGGAGAUUUAAAAUGGCGUUUACAGGAACUCUGGAUAAAUGCAGUGUUUGUGACAAGACUGUCUAUUUUAUGGAUUUAUUAACCGCUGAUGGGAUAACAUAUCACAAAUCCUGUUUCAAAUGUAGCCACUGCAAAGGAACUCUUGUGAUGAGCAACUACUCUUCCAUGGAUGGCACCCUUUACUGCAAAACUCACUUUGAUCAGCUUUUCAAGGAAUCCGGAAACUUUAGCAAAAACUUCCAACCAUCAAGGUCAAGAGAGAACUCUAUGACAAAGUCUUCAAGCAAGCUCGCAUCUUUAUUUUCUGGAACUCAAGACAAAUGCUCAGUUUGCCACAAAACUGUGUAUCCUCUUGAGAAGAUAACCAUGGAGGAGGUAGCACUCCACAAAUCAUGUUUCAAGUGUGCUCAUGGAGGGUGCUUUCUUACACCCUCAUCAUAUGCUUCUUUAGACGGUAUUUUCUACUGCAACAAUCACUUUUCUCAACUCUUCAUGGAGAAGGGAACUCUGUCUCAUGUUCUUGAGGCUGCCAAAACCAAAAGCGCUGCCCCGUCAGCCGUCGAAUCUGAGGAGGAAGAAAAUAAGGACGAUGAACCCGUGCCACAAGUCGAAUCCGAGGAGGCAGAAAAGAAGGAGGAAGAUCAACCGGAAGAUAAACCGGAAGAAUAGAAAAUACAAGAUAAACAACUAGAGUUAUUUGAUGCCGAGAAAAAAUAUUCACGGUGUUUUUUGUUACAAUUUUUCUUCUCCUCUAGCUCAUUGAGAUAAUUAGAUGAAAUUCUAACUGUUUCAAGUUUUUGUUUAUGAAUUAUAAGCUUAUGACAGCGGCAAAGAUUCUGUAAGUUCUUUAAACAAUUUAUUAAUACAUGCUAGCUUACGGCACAAAUAUUUUG